CAUGCUGCCCAGCAAGUCUCGGUCUGCAGGGACAGAGUCAGUCUGCUCCCUCCUUGCUGCUCCAAGAGCCCUCCUCCUACCUGAGUGUUCGAAACGCAGCAAGUGAAGGAGAGAGGGAAACCAGAGAGACAGUGAGAGAGAGUCAUAAAAGCAGCAUUUAACGGGUUAGAGGUCAUUAUUUUGGUGACACUUGCCACACAAGUGAUGAGUAGAGAAAACCUGGUGGACUGGGACUCCGGUCUCUUGGACUGCUUUGAGGAAGCCAGCACCUGUAAGAACCAACUCCACAACUUUAAAUCACUAUUUUAUUUGAAUCAGUUUAUUUUUUUCUGUUCGUGAAGAAAGCUAAGCCACUCUAAGAGUUUCUUCUCUCUCUGUUUCAGGUUGCUAUGGUUUCUGGUGCUUGCCUUGCCUCGCCUGCACAGUGUCAGGGAGACUUGGAGAGAACCGCUGCCUCCCCUUGUGUGACAUGUGCGGCUUUGGUGCACUAUCACUCUGUGGGAUUCCUAUGUUUGUUCCUCCUGCAGGACUGGCUGUACGGGCUGCUUUAAGAAACAGAUAUGGAAUCAAGGUAUAACGUUUCUGACUUAUUACCUGACACGUUGAGUGAGGAAUACUGAAUCUCAAUUUUUUGAUGUUUUUGAUGUUGUUUUCCUUCAGGGCUCUCUCUGCAAGGACAUUUUCGUGGCGUGUUGCUGUGGGACCUGUAACUGGUGUCAGAUGCACCGAGAGUUAAAACACCGUAAGAAAAAACCGACAGUCAUCAACGUGCAGAAUCAAACCGUCUUCAACACGCAGCCUGUCCCGAUGAUGGUGAUGCCCCAAGGUAUGAUGGGCCAACCGGGGGGCUUCGUGACUCCACAGUACUGAGCUCUGGAACUUUUUACUGAUCUGUUGCGUCGUGUAAAUAUCCACUUUAGUUGAUAUAAAAAAAACUCUUACUGCUCUAAAAAGUCGAAUUAAAUGAACUGUUUUGAUAAAUACUGUCUAAGAAUGUAUACAGGAGCGUAUCUUAAUCAUUAGCAAAGCACUUAUAGACUGAGAAUUUUGAUGUACUUGAGAUAUAUUUGAUACUUAAAAUCAAUAUUGCAGAGUCAGUCAUAUAUUUUUUGUGUGAGGGUUGUGUAUCAUUUGAAUAAAUUCAGCUUGAAUCAAUCUCUA